AUGACGUCCGCGACGACGAUCACGCGCGUCGCACACCCACCGGCGCGCCGUUGCGACCUCACGCGUCGUCGCGUCGUCGCUCGUUCCUCCCGCGGCGUCGACGAGGUGCGUCUGGACGUCGAGCCGGACGAAAGUUUCGGCAAGAAUGGUUUGGGACGGAAGAAAAUUUGGUUAGGGCGGAGAGUCCUGCAGUUCGAACCGGCGAGAAAGUUCGUGUGGCACCUACACCUGCGCGGAGAGGAGGACUUCAGGGACUGGGCGUAUAACUCGCGGAGGGGGUGCGUUUUCAUACCGCGAGAGCCGGACAAGUGUUACGCGGACGACGGGUGGCGCGGAUGGGACGAUUGGUGCGGUACAUCGGUGGAUUUCGAGACGGCGCGAGCGUGGGCGCGAUCGAUGGGAUUCAAGAGUCAGCAGGAUUGGUGGGCAAACGUCGAGAGUCUGCCGCACAGGAUACCGGAACGACCGGGACAGUACUACAGACACUCUGGAUGGUUGGGCUAUGCCGAUUUUCUAGGUCUCCAGGACGUGAGUGCGGACGACGCUGACGCGAACGACGCUGACGUGGACGACGCCAACGAUAGGACGGGGUGA